AUGAACGCCCCCGCUCUCCCCGCUCCCGGUCUCCCUAACGGACCCUGCAUAGGAUGUAGCACCAUAACCGAUCGACUGAUCGCCUCCGACCGAGUCUUCCACAACCUCCACAACGAAAAGAUGCGCGACAAAGAUCAUAAACUUCGGCAAGCCGAAAGAAAAGUCCGCGAUCUAGAGGCCCAAGUCGAAACCAUGAAACAAGAAGCCAGUCUCAUGAAACCAUUCCUCAAAAUAGGCGCGCAAAUACGAACUCACAAGAUCUCAACCGAGAAGACAAAGAUGGGUGCGACGACCAAUAUCAAGAUCGCGGGAUCGGGGGAAGAGUUACUUAAUGUUGGGAAUGCCAUCGCAGACGCACUUUUAUACCACGAUAUCGCUGGGAAAUACAAACGUACGGAUGUCGAAGCUUAUAAGCGUAUGUACGCCGGCUUUCACCCCGAUUAUAUCGUAGCCAGUAAACACUGCACUCGCUUUCUUGAUGUACUCAGUUGGCGUCGUACUAUGGCUUUCUUUUACGAGCAGCCGUACUAUGAGAAAGAAAAGUUUCAGUAUACAAUUUGUGCGCGCCAGAGCUUGAGAAUGAAGCUUAAGUUAAGAGAGUGGUCGGGAGAGGAGUUUGAGAGGUACUUCAGAUCUGAUGAGGAAGGAGAAAACGCAUAUCAAGAUAUGAAGGACGAAUAUGAGACCGAACUGGAGAAGUAUCGAGAUUUUGCAGGAAAGGACGGCAAGAAAGGUUUCGGAGGUAUCGUCGCGAAGCUUUGGUCGAAGUGA